GGGCGGGCCGGCCUCUUUGUUGCCGGGUGCUGCGGCUGCCGCCCUCGCUGGAGGCUGCGGCGUGUGGAUCCUCUGAUUUCUGUUGUCCUCACAGGCCCAGGAAACCAGUGAUGGCAGCAGCUGGGCUCUUGCCUCUGCCAGCAGAACCCCAGGUCAAGGUGACCUUCGAGGAUGUGGCUGUAUUCCUUUCUCAGGAAGAAUGGGCCCAGCUGGGCCCUGCUGAGAGAGGCCUCUACCGGAAUGUGAUGAUGGAGACCUAUGGGAAUGUGGUCUCAUUGGGACUUCCAGGAUCCAAGCCCAUUGUGAUCUCCCAGCUGGAGCGAGGGGAAGACCCAUGGGUCCUAGAUGGACAUGGAGCUGACGAAAGCCAGGGUCUGGGCUGCAGCCACUCAGAAUGCAAACCAAAGGAAAAGAAUCAAAAUACGGACUUGAGCUUACAGCCAUUAAGUUCAGACAAAAUAACACUGAUUCUGGGAGAAACACCUUUGGGGAAGACUGCUCAAGAACAAUACAAAACAGAGCCGAGCUUCUGCCAGAGUUCAAAUCCUGUUGGCCCCAAUGAAGUUCAGGUCUUGAAUCCUGGCAAACCUCUUACUCAACACCAGGUGGCUCCUAGUGGAGAAAGACCCUACAUGUGCAUUGAGUGUGGGAAGUGCUUUGGUCGGAGUUCCCAUCUUCUUCAGCAUCAGCGAAUCCACACAGGUGAGAAGCCCUAUGUAUGUAAUGUAUGUGGGAAGGCCUUCAGUCAAAGCUCUGUCCUUAGCAAGCACAGGAGAAUCCACACCGGUGAGAAGCCCUACGAGUGUAAUGAGUGUGGGAAAGCCUUUAGAGUGAGCUCAGACCUUGCUCAGCACCACAAGAUACACACAGGAGAAAAACCUCACGAGUGUCUGGAGUGUAGGAAGGCCUUCACUCAGCUCUCACACCUCAUCCAGCACCAGCGGAUCCACACAGGGGAGAGGCCAUAUGUGUGUCCCUUGUGUGGGAAAGCCUUCAACCAUAGCACCGUCCUGCGGAGCCACCAAAGGGUGCAUACUGGUGAGAAGCCUCAUGGGUGCAGUGAGUGUGGGAAAACGUUCAGUGUGAAGAGAACACUGCUGCAGCACCAGCGGGUCCACACUGGUGAAAAGCCCUACACGUGCAGUGAGUGUGGCAAGGCCUUCAGUGACCGCUCAGUGCUCAUCCAGCACCACAAUGUGCACACGGGGGAGAAACCGUACGAAUGCAGUGAGUGUGGCAAGACCUUCAGCCACCGCUCCACCCUGAUGAACCAUGAGCGGAUUCACACAGAGGAGAAACCCUAUGCAUGCUAUGAGUGUGGAAAGGCCUUUGUUCAGCACUCACACCUGAUCCAGCACCAGAGGGUCCACACCGGAGAGAAGCCCUAUGUGUGUAGUGAGUGUGGGCAUGCCUUUAGUGCACGCCGGUCUUUGAUCCAGCAUGAGAGAAUCCACACGGGUGAGAAACCCUUCCAGUGCUCAGAGUGUGGCAAAGCUUUCAGCCUGAAGGCAACUCUGAUUGUGCACCUGAGGACCCACACAGGGGAGAAGCCCUAUGAAUGCAACAGCUGUGGCAAAGCCUUCAGCCAGUACUCUGUGCUCAUUCAGCACCAGCGAAUCCACACAGGAGAGAAGCCAUAUGAGUGUGGGGAGUGUGGACGAGCCUUCAACCAACACGGGCACCUGAUCCAGCACCAGAAGGUGCACAAGAAACUGUGACCUAUAGCCUCAAAGGUGACACACACAUACACACCACCUCUCCCCCCAAAAUAAAAUAAAAACAGGCACAGCCUUCUACUAGGAAGGGGCUUGUGUUAACUACACAAGAUGCAGUAUUUUAACUGCUAAAAUACUGCAUCCUUCUGGGGGAGGGGGAGGAAUCAAGAGAAUAUUUUUCCUCAAUAUUUCAAAGUUGUACUGGACAUUAAGCCUACUGUAGUGAAUACUGGUUAAAAAAAAUAGCCAUAAUUCCUCAUUUGUUUGACAUGAAUUAGUUUAUUUGAAGCAACUGAGAAGUUAAACAUAAGGAAUGUUGUCCCAAUAAAUUUUUUUUUAAAGUCUU